CAUCUCAACAUAUGAUGUCGAUCAUUGAUAAAGUUUCCUACAGUAAGAAUAUUUUCGAGGAAAGCUCGAGAAUCUAAUCGAUAAGAUCUACCGACCUACCGACCUACCAACCUACCUACCAACCUGCCAACCUGCCCACCACCAAACUCUAAAAUCUAGACCAAUGAUUGGUGAAUGAUGAGGUCAAAUCAUAUCAAUUUACCAAACGCGAAUUUCAACCACGACGAUCAACUUUACCGUGAUACCGACUACGAAUUAAUUCCAACACUUCUCUCACAAAUUUAUUCACUCCCACCCCAUUAUCUACAACCCCCCUCAAAAAGGUAUCACUCAAUCCUUUGAGAUACCUCUCCCUUUAUUUCUUCUCUUUCAUUUCAUUUCUACAUUCGAUUUCUUAAUUUGAAGAAUCAAAUAUGGCUUCACAGCACGAGACACAACUCCUUCAAAUACUCGCAGAUACACAAUCAUCUGCAGAUGGACCCCGCAGACAAGCAGAAAUCUUUCUUAAAUCUGCUCAAAACGAUCCAGCUUUUCCUUCUGCGCUUGCAUCAAUUGCUUCUCAUUCAACCGUCCCUUCAGAACUUCGACAAGCUGCUUUAUUAAAUCUAAAGAACUUUACGAGUAAGAAUUGGACUGGUCAUGAUGAUAAUGGCAAUCCUACCAUUCAGAUUGAGGAGGGCGCAAAGGCAGAGAUUAGAGCACGAAUGUUGGGAAUUGCUACAAGUGAUGUAGAUUCAAGGAAGAUUAAGGGUGCUGCUAGUAUGGUAGUUAGCAAGAUUGCAAAUGUCGAUUAUCCAGAUCAAUGGCCAGAUCUCCUCCCAACUAUCCUACACAUCAUUCAAACCGGCACAGAUUUACAACUACAUGGAUCAUUGAAAGUAUUAGCAGAUGUUGUCGAGGAGAGUUUGAGUGAAGAUCAAUUCUUCUCCGUCGCACGAGAUAUUGUCAAUACUGUCUAUGGUGUAGCAGUCAAUGAAGCACGUCUAGGAAAAUUACGCGCACUAUCGGUAUCUGUUUUCCGAGGAACUUUCGAUAUUAUGGAAAUGGUCAAGGACGAACAUGGAGCGGAAGUUAAAGCAUUUGCAGAGGAGGUCCUAAAGGACUGGACACCAUUCCUUGUGGCUAUUAUGAAGCAACCUCUACCUCCACCACCAAAAGAAUCUGAAGAGGAUGGACCAGUCGAUCAGCAAUGGCGUGGAGUUAUUGCAUUAAAGUUACAAGUUGUUAAGACCUUGAUGAAGAUCAAAUCGGUUUUCCCAACAUUGUUACUUCCACAAAGUCCAGUUUUAUUCAGCGCUACCUGGGCGGAAUUGUCAAUGGCACAACCUAUAUUUCAAGAGAUGUAUGUCGAUAAUGAUAUGCCAGGUCGCAUGGAGGAUGCGGAUAAUUUGCCAUACACUUUGGAUUUCUUGGUAUUGGAAGAGCUCGACUUUUUACAAUCAUGCUUGAAAGCUCCCCCGGUACAAAAAGAACUCGAAACUCAAUUACAAGCAAAUGCUGGUGCAGCUAUGACUCCUUGGGUUGUUGACGUUAUGAAGCUUGCUGUAAAUUAUGCACAAAUUCUCAAGGAAGAGGAAGAAUUAUGGGAUAUUGAUGUCAAUUUAUUCUUGGCAGAGGAAUCAUCAGUUACCACACAAUACACUCUCAGAAUGUCUUGUGGAGACCUCCUCAUCAAACUUGGUGAGUGGUUGUCUCAUGGUGCUUUGGAAGGUUUAUUGGCCUAUACCCAAAUGAUCUUCUCCUCGGACGCCGCUUCAUGGAGAAUGAGAGAGGCAGUUUUAUUCCUUCUCACUCAACUCACAAACGAUUUCUUGGAUUGUGGCAAGGAGAUCCGCCCUGAGGUUUCCCAAGCUUUCUUGCCUUUCAUCGACUAUUCCAUCAACAGAGAAGAAGAGCCAUUAUUGCGUGCCAGAGGAUAUUUGGUGGCUGGUAAUCUUGCACAAAGUCUACCCCAGGUUUCUCUUGGAUUACUUGAUCGUACAGUCAGAGGUGUCAACUUGGAUGAGGCUGAAGUUGUCAAGGUUUCUUGUAUAAAAUCUAUUCAAGGAUACAUUCUAGCUCACAACGUACCUGCUGAUCGACAACUUCCAAUUAUUGCUUCCAUAUCCGAAUUCCUUCACUCAAAGGAUCUUACAGAACUUGAAUCUGCAGAUGAUCUUCUUGUUACGUUGGUGGAAUCUUUGAGAUCUGCAAUUCAAAUGGAUACAAGAGUAACACUUGCAGAUGAAGGUGGAGCUUUAGAUUUAUUGUUUGUUCUUGCAAAACAUGGUGCCUCGAACUUUCAAUUGACUAUGUUGGUCACUGAAUCAUUUGAAGAAGUUGUUGAGUCAUUCACUGGUGGACCAGGCUACCCAGCUUUAUGUACUAAAGUAUUGCCUUCAUUGAUCGGUGCAUUUGAUGUGGGAUCUAUAACUGAUGAUGAUCCUUUGGUAGAGCUUGCCGCAGACUUACUUACUAUUCUUACCGAGAAUGGAUCGGAACCACUUCCAGCUGGAUAUGUUGCUGCCGUAUUACCUAAGUUGAAUCGACUUUUGAUGACCACAACUGAAGGUGGUAUUUUACGACCAGGUGCCGAGGCAAUCAAGUAUAUGCUUAUGCAUGAUCAUCAGCAAGUCUUUGCUUGGCAUGAUGAAAGCAAUAAAUCAGGUUUGGAAGUUUGUCUAGUCAUUAUUGAUAGAUUACUUGGUCCUGAGGUGGAAGAUAAUGCAGCAUCAGAAGUUGGAGGUCUUGCAGCCGAACUUGUUGAGAAAGCUGGUCAAGAACGUCUUGGUCCAUAUUUACCACAACUCUUGAGAGCUGUUGCUACACGUCUUGCUACAGCAGAAGCUGCUCCUUUCAUCCAAUCUUUGAUUUUGGUUUUUGCUCGCUUAUCUUUGGUUGGAGCACACGAUGUUGUUGAAUUCUUGAACCAAAUUGAAAUCAACGGUCAAAGUGGUUUACAAGUCGUUUUAAGCAAAUGGUUGGAGCAUUCAGUUAUGUUUGCAGGAUAUGAUGAGAUUAGACAAAAUGUCAUCGCACUCUCUAAAAUUUUCAGUCUCAACGAUCCACGUGUUGGUCAAACCAUGGUUAAGGGUGAUUUAAUCAUUCCAACCAGUAAUCGGAUCAUGACUCGAUCCAAGGCCAAACUCAACCCCGAUAAAUACACAAUCAUUCCUGCAUCGUUGAAAAUCAUCAAAGUCCUCAUUGAAGAACUUAUUUCAGCAUCAGGACUUCAGAAUGCAGCAACGGCGGCAGCAGCAGCAGAAUUCGCGGAUGAAGAUGGAGAUGAUGACUCAUGGGAAGAUCUUCCCAGUGUACUUGAUCUAGGUUUGUCGAGUACAAAGGCAGAUCUCAUGGCAUUUGGAGAGGGAAGAGGGGGUUUCGGAAGAAACAGAGAUGAUGAGACGCAAGCUUACUUGACCGAAUUCUUUGUUAAGGCUGGAAGAGAAAAUGUAGGAGGGUUUAAUGAGUUUUAUGAGGCAUUAUCGGAUGAGGAGAAGGUUAAGUUGCAAGAAUUGGCCCAGGGAGCUUGAUUGAUGAAUCGAGGUAAUGUGUGAGAUAACAUUGUGAUGGAUAGAUGGUUUUUUGGGUAACUGGAGAUUCGUAUGAUGCUACGAUGAUAUGUUGAGGUAAAUCGAUGUAUAAUUUGCCUGUCUGGCUGGUGCGCAGACGGGAUUUUAUUACAUGGUAUGAUAUGGCACCAAAUGGAUCCAGACACCGCAAUGUAUUCGUUCCAAUUUGGAGGAAUGAAUGCGAGUGAUCUGCAUCACGAAAUCAUGACUUGAACGAUGAUGACGGGGAAUUCUUGAGCUCAAAAUAAAAGUAAAUACUUAUGAUUGAUCGAUGGGCUGGGUACAAACAAAUAUCAUAUGUUGUAGAUGGAUAGCUUGAUGGAUGGUCUGAUGGAUGGUUUACUACAUGUAUGCAUGGAAAUAAGAUGGUAUAGAAUAGCAUAGGAUAUAUUAGUAAGGUGGUAAUGAAUGCUUGAUUCCAA